CGCUUUUUAAACUUUUGAUAAUCUGAUUGAUAUCUCGGCAUCGGAAAGCUUGUUAAUCCUAGGGUGUUGUUACAGUCUAGGCUUUCGAACCACUAGCACUCCAUCAAUCUUCGGUGGUGGUAAUUGCCACUUAAUCCAAGACAUACGUCUUGAGGCUGCCUAGCAUUUCCAUCGGCUCGAAGAGAGAGAAACAGCCGUAUACAGGACUAUCCAAAACGUCAUCACUACUUCUACACCCAUGAAGCAAUCCUCACCAACUCCUCCACGCUCCUCAGCCAGCCUCUCCUCCCAUGAUACACGAGAGAAACCACCAUCUCCAACUUCCCCACUCGACUCAACCAAAGAAGCCGACACAGACUCGCAUCCAGGCUACCUCACCUGGACCGACCCCUCCGACCCCUCCAACCCCUUCAACUUCCCCGCCAGCAAAAAAUGGCGCACAACCCUCCUCGCAUGCAGCAUGACCUUCCUCGUCCAAGUCUCCGGCACAAUGCUCACAUCGGCCGCACCGCAAAUAAACUCGAGCUUCGCCAUCAGCGACGAAGCGUUCCCGCACUCGUAUUGGCCGGUGCUAAGCUGGAACCUUGGCGGCGCAGCAGCGCCACUACUAGGUCUCCCUUUGAUGGAGAAUUUUGGCGUGAGAUGGAGUUACAUGAUCAUUUAUGCGGUUAUGAUCAUCUUUAUCAUUCCGCAGGCGGUAGCACGCAACUUUGCUACGUUGGUUGUUACGAGGGUAAUCACGGGAUCGUGCGCGGGCGUGCUGGCGAAUAUCACGUCGGGGAUUGUAAGCGACAUCUGGAGACCGGGGCGAGUGCAUAGUUUCUGUACGUCGCUGUAUAUCUUUGCAUUGCUGGCGGGGUUGAACAUGGGGCCUGUGUUUGGGAGUUUGGUGGUAAGGCAUACGACUUGGAGAUGGAUAUUCCUGGGUCAGAUUAUCUUUUAUGCCUCCUUGAUACCAGUAUUGUUCCUGCUUCUCCCAGAAGUCCGACCAGAUGUUAUUCUCACGCGCCGCGCCCGUUAUAUACGUGUGAACACAGGAAAACAAGUCUACACUGCAGCUGAGAAGCAACAGACAAGUUUUAGCGAUAUCCUCAAAGAGACGCUCGUUCGACCUUCACGUAUGCUCUGCACAGAAGGCGUGGUGCUGUCGUUUGGCUUGUGGAGCGCAUUCUGCGUAGGAACCGCCUUCAUGUUCACGCAGUCUAUAGUCCAAGUCUUCUCUGAACUGUAUGGUUGGACCUUCUUUGGAACAGGCUUAGUCCAGAGUGCAGUCGUGAUUGGAGAGUUCAUAGGACUUUUUGCAUCACUGGUGCAAGAUCGAAUCUAUUUCGCAUCUGCCAGACGAAACACGGAAAGCCCAGGUAGACCUAUGCCGGAAGCUCGCCUCUACCUGAGUAUUCCCGCGUCCUUCAUCGGCUUGAGCGGAGGUCUUUUCUAUUUUGCCUGGACAUCUUAUUCCUCUAUUCCGUGGAUUGUACCCAGUAUAUCACUUGCUUUUGUGGGUUUCGGCAUGUUUUGCAGUACGGCAGCGGUGACGUCGUAUGUCGUUGAUGCAUAUGCAAAGUACGCGGCCAGUGCAAUUGCCGGCAUUGCUUUUCUCGAGAAUACAAUGGCGGCGUUCUUGCCACUUGCGACUCAGAAUUUGUAUCGUGCACUCGGUUUCCAGUGGGCUAGCAGUUUAUUGGGCUUUGUGGCGCUAGCGCUGAGUUGCAUUCCGUUGAUUUUGCUGAAAUAUGGGAGGAGUAUACGUGCGAGGAGCCCGUUCAUGAACCAGGCGGGUUAUGAAAAUUAGACAUAAUG